UUCAUUUUCGUAAAAAACAUGGAAUCUAAUAGAACAAGAUCUAUUAUUUAAUACAAUUCUUUCUCUUGUAAAGUCAAUGCUCAAUAAGUUUUUUAUAAUACCAAAGAUAAGACUUGUUUUUUUUCCGUUAUUGAAGUACCAGUUGUCCUAUAUCCAGAGAAUACAGACUGAUAUUUUAUCUAACUUUUUUAUUUACAAAACAUUUUACCACUCAACAGAAAGUAUAUCACAUAAUUCUUGAUUGUGUGGGAUUUAUUUUAGAGGCCACGGUAAAUACGCAAUAAGUACAAGUAGUGCGAACAAGUAAUUGUAAUAAUUAGAGAGGUUAAAUGCACUAAGAAAAUGUGCAGUGUGUAUGCAGUUGGCAAAAGUGCGCCGUGAAACGAACGUUUUGUAUGGUGGUGGAAUGAUGCAUCAGCCAUUCACAGCCUUGGAAAUUGCGGGUUUCCGAAAUCAGCUGAUUUCAAUCAAUGGGGAUACAGUGUUUAGUUCGCACGAGCGUCGUACAGGACAAAAACAUUAAACAGCUGGAACACCGUUACGCUAUUUGAGUCGUCAGUAGUCGUGAUAUGUUUCAUUUCAUCAUUGUCUUAAAAAGAAAGACACGUGUCGGAGCUAUGAAAUUUGUGCGAUCAAAUAGUUUCAUAUUUAUUGUGCGUGCAUAACGAAGGAAAAUACAAAAACGCAUGACGAUCAAGAAUCGUGAAAUUCAAAGUCAAAACGUCCUCCCAUGUUCGAAGAGAGAUAAUAUUUUUUUAUUGCAGACGAGAAAAAGCCAAGACUAAAGAAUGUCUUGGCUACGUAUUCUGUCGUCUGAAAGUAUAAAAAAGAGAGCUUGCAUAUAUUUGCUGCAACGUUAUCUUGGACAAUAUUUGGAAGAAAAACUUACACUCGAUCAACUUACUGUUGACCUUUACAAUGGAACUGGUCGUGUCACAAAUGUUAGCCUUGACGUCCAGGCUCUUAACGAAAUGGGUGAGCAGCAACACUUACCAUUGGAAUUUGUUGAUGGAUUCAUAUCAGAAAUAUCUGUCAGCAUACCCUGGUCAGCUUUAUUCAGUGAAGCCAGUUAUGUUGAGGUCAAAGGUCUCAAGCUCACUGUCCAACCACGACAAAGAACAGAAACACCUGUGUCUAUGUUUGAAUCAAUGUGGAGUUCUAUGACAUCGAGCAUGCAACUUGCUCAAGAAUGUUUGCAACAGGAUGCAAAUAAUGCAGGAAAUUCACAACCUCUCGAGGGUGUUGAGCUUUUCGCACAGACCAUAGAUUCGAUACUAUGUCGUGUGAGAGUUCGAUUUUUAGAUACAGUAAUUCGAUUGGAACAUGUACCACUUGAUUCGGCAACAGGAGUUGCCAUUGAAAUGUGCAUAAAAAAUUUAGAAUACUCCGAUGAAGCUGGCUCAGAUCCUAGUAAUGUCAAUUUAGAUGCUAAUCAACCAACAAAGGGUUACGUUGUUUCAGCAUUCACUACAAAGCGAUUUUACUUGGAAGGUGUGACUUUUCAUACUGAUGAGUUUCCUUCCAGAGCUCGUACCUUUUCUAGGAGUGUUAUGACAACAAGUAGAGGUUCAACGCCUGAUUCUAAGAACUCUGAUGGUCAAUUCUCAUCCGCACAAAUAUCUCCAUCACAAAAUAUGCCCACACCACCAGAGAGAAAUUUUAUCAACACAUUAAGUCAAUCGAAUCCAAUAUUAUGUGCUAAACUAACAGGACGUCAAGAGAUACGAUUAAAACUUAAGCAAGGUGAAGGUGUUUUAGGACCAAAAGUAGAACUUGAAGUAACUUUUGGAUCAUUUAUAUCUUUCUUGAGUCCUAGGCAAGUUCAUGUUUUGAUAGAACUUGGACAUGGUUUAGCUUCUCCUGAUCUUGAAGAUAUCAGCAAUGUCGCACCAAGAACUUGUGCAGAAAAACCGAUGGGUAGUAGUGAUUUUAGUAAAGUUGAAAGAGAAUUAAUGCAUCAACUUCAUUCGGUUCAUAGUUUUCGGACGACUGAUCUAAGACAUACUCAAGGGUGGUCAACGGCUUCCAUUGAUGAAUCUGAUAAUGAAGAAGAGUUUCUAUCGAUGAAGUUACCGGGUAUGUCUGAUUCAAUGACUACCAAUAAUUUAAGCAUGGAUGGAAGUAUUUCUGCUAGUAGUAUCAGUUCAAGGAGCUCUAUAAGUAACAUUACAAAACCACAUAAACGUAGAUUAAGUGCAGAUACUGAUCCAACUGCAGAAACAUCUCAGUUUCAUGUGAGAGUAUCAUCGAUUGCAGUUAUUUUAUUGCAUGAAGACAUUCUAACAACUGGCAUUGAGAGUCGUGGUCUUACUUGUGCUAGUACAGAACAAAUGAAAAGUGCAGCUGAAGAGUUCUUCGAUAAACUUGGAAUUUUUGCAGCUGAUGGCUAUGGUAAUAAAAAUUUUGAUAAAGCUUCAAAAACUUUUCUUGAAGCUUGUCAUCUAAGCCAUAUUAGAUUACUUGCCGCACCCUUAAUCAUUGAAGGUAGCGAAAAAACGACCCCUCAAGCAUCUGCAACUACAGGAAGUUUAACUUUAGCAAGUUUAGAAGUUGUCGAAUGCUUAAUAGAUACUAGCAAUGCUACAGAAAAACCAAAAAUUGAAAAUGUGGAGUUACUUUCUUUUAUAAAAUCUAAUAAUGAUAGUAGUGGAUUCUCUAAUUUGACAGAUUUUCGAAUGAAAUUUAAAUAUACAGUAAAAGCAGUUCGUCAAGCUCAAACCACAAGAUUUGUUCUUCCACGCACAGAAAUUGAUAUCCAACUGGAGCCCUGCAACAGUGAAAUAGAUAUCACAAUUAUUGAUCGAAUAUCGUCGGUGCUAAACCCUCAACCAAUUUGUACCUGUAAUCCAACUACAGCUGCUAGAGAUACUUGGAAUCAACAGACAAUGUUUUAUCAAGCAGUAGAGAAUCCUAUUUUAUCAGAUUUUCGUAUAGAUGUGAAAAUUUCUUCAUCAAAAAUGAUCUUAAAGGUUAGAUUUCCUGUUCCUGAUCUGAGACCAUUACAUGACAUGAGUCGAGCACCAUGGUGGAUGCGAUCUGUUAGGCCAGAUUACAUGACAUUGACUCUAAAUGACGCACAAAUUCAUACAUCAAUAGAUAGUCGUACCCAUCAUAUCGUGAGGCAUGAAAUUCAAUGUCGAAAAUUGCUGCUGACAUACACAGAAGUUGAUUCUGACAUUCCAAUUGAAAUUGGAAGAAGUCGAGUAGAUGAAAAACCUGAUAGCUCUCUAGCGCAAGAAAGUGAAUGCUUUGGUUGGCCCAGAAUAUUUCUCACAAUUUAUCCCCAACACUUGGGAGGUCCUUUGGAAGAUAGUUCAGAAGAAGAACCUAGUUCUAGUCUAGAUGAGUCGUUGGGACAACCACUACGUCAUCAACCUUCACCUUUCAGCUCAAAAAGAGUUAUUCAUGAAUCAGAUACCCCUCACAGCGAGUCUCAAAGUUACAAUAAUAAAGAGGAUCAUGAGCCUAGAGAAGGAGAAGAGCUAGUGAUUCCUGGAAAUAGACAAGAGAUGCUUGAGUUUAUAGAAGAAGGUACUCGGGGAUCUAGAUUUCAAAUUGAUAUCAGUUUACCUUGUCUUUCUGUUCAGAUACCAUCUAAGCAUCUUUAUGAACAGUUAUAUAAUCGAAUAAAUACUGAUUUAUUCUUAUGGGAACCUUCGGCGCCGAAACCAAGAUAUACAGCCACAGAGAGUCAUGUGGGACUUGAUUUAGCAUCAACAUUACUUCAAGAAUCAGCUUAUCCUAAGUUUAGUAUGUGUAAAAGCGGAAUUCAGUAUGAUUCAGAUUCCGAGUCUGAUGAUGAUGGUGUAUUUCACUCGACAGCUGGCAAGAGUUUUCAUCAAGCUAAUAAAGUAUCUAAAAGUGGACAAAGUAAUAUGUCAUUGACUCUGAACAUCAGUCAAGGUCUUUUAACGAUGUAUACGCCUGUGCGUGAUGGUUUAUCUAACGUCAUACCUGGCCAACAAGGUGAGCUUAUUCUGCGUAUUGAAGAUGGAACGAUAUUCUGCGUUAAUUCUUACAAAGGUAACGUCAACUUGGGAUACGUAUGUACAAUGGUAAAAAGUAUUUCGCUGAAUCAUUGUGGUUUGACGACCACUCCUUCAACGACACCACCACUGCGGUCUAUAAACAGCGUUAUACCUCGACACUGUCAGCCCGCGAUUUAUCGCAGUGAGAAUGGUGUUCAAGAGACCCCAGGGUCUGCGGAGAAAGACAUGCUGACAGUGGCUGUAAGAAUACAAGCCGCACAUCAAACCCAUCAUAUUAAAACCUUUAGAGUUGCGGUAGGAAUUAGAAAUGCUACAUUAAGACACAGAAUGUGUUCUUCUCAAACAUCGUGGUUCAAUCAAUUCACUGAUUGUCUAGAUGUUAUUGAUCAUCCUGUCGCUGGAUAUUCUCCACCAGGUGUUCUAACAGAAUUACAUCUACACCUUUGGAAUUGUGCUGUAGAUUACCGACCACUUUAUCUGCCCUUGAGAUCGAUGGUUACUCUUGGAAGUUUCAGUGUAUCUAGUAAUAUUGCUGCUAAAACUAACACAUCUACUUUACGUUUUAUUGCUGAAGACAUUGCUCUCUUUUUAUCAGAAAAGCUUGGAAAUCACGUAGAUCUUAAAAGAGACUAUGUGGGAGUGAUGGACUUGGGUUUGUUUGAAUUAUCAUUAAGAUUAAAUGAGAAAAUGUGUGGUGGUGCUCCUAGAGUUGAUUUAAGAGCAAGCAAUAAUGUUUUGCACGUGAGAACUUGCGCAGACUCUGGACGUGCUUUAAUGCAAUUGUUGACAUACUUUGCUAGCGAUGGAGAUUUAACUCCAAACACAGGGAGCACCGAAAGUAUCGCUGUACCAAGUUCUGGAGAUGAAGAAAGUUUAUUGGGAGAUGAAUGCAUUAAUACAUUAAGUAAAAGUCAAGAAGAACGUGUUAAUAGUUUAAUGGAAGAAGCAAUGGAAGAUACAGUCAGAGGAAGCAAAACGAGUUUGAAUAAAAAAUCUCCGGAAGAUAAAGCUCAAGUUGAAGUAUUUUUCUUCCCUGAUGAACCACAUCCUUCAAAUCAAGUGCCAGAAAUGAGUAAUAAUGCUUGUACGGUAACUACAAGAGCAACUGAAUCUGAUGAUACAGAUGAAGAUUUUUGUAUUCUCGGUGAAGAAGCUGGAGCUGGAAUAAUGCCACGACAUGGCAUUCCAGAAAUUCGUUGGCUCAGUCAGGAGUAUAUACGGGUUGUAGAUAAUCAUUUUUCAGUGCCAUUAGGAAAGACAGAUCUUUUAAAAGCUCCAAAACACUUUCCUGCUGCAAUAUUAAGGUACACUUUAUGUGAGAUGACAUUAGUUUGGCAUAUGUACGGAGGAACAGACUUUGGAAAGCCUCAGAUGUCAAAUAAAAGACAUGUUACCAUCGAUGAUAAUACACAACGUUUUGAUAGUCUCGGAAGACGUAAUAAAACAACAGUAGUUGGAUUUAGCAAAAUUAAUCCCAACGAAGUACGAUUUGGAAGUGUUCCAAACUCACCAGGUGGUAAAGCAAAAGCAUCGUCCAAGGAAUGGUACACAUUAGGUGGUCCAGGUCGACAACAUGAUGUUCUUAUGGAGCUUCAAUUAAAUAAAGUACGAUUCCAACAUGAAACAUACCCGGAAAAUACUCCAGAAGCUUCGAGACAAGUUCUACUGGUCAGUGAAAUUGAGAUAAGAGAUCGAUUAGCCUCGUCGCAUAUCAACAAAUUUUUAUAUCAAUAUAGCAGCGAAGCACAACCCCGCCAAACACACGCGAACAUGUUUGCCAUGAAAGCAGUUCAUGUAAGACCGGAUCCAAAGCUAAAUACCCAAGAAUGCUGUUUGAAAUUAAGUCUCUUGCCAUUAAGACUUAAUAUUGAUCAAGACAGUUUACUUUUUUUAAUUGAUUUUUUCACGGAAUUAACUGGAAAUAUGAAAACGAGUCAAGAUAAUAUUAAUGGGCCUAGUACACAAUCAUCACCUGGUUCUAAACAGAGUACGCCUACACAUCAUCCUCCUGUAAUGAGUGUCAAUGAUACAACGUCCGAAGUUUCGAGACCUGAAAGUCCCUCUAAAGCUCUUGAGAAUAAUAAUUUGGAUCAAAAUUUAAUGAUUUUAUUAGAAGAUGAAUUGACAAUUAAAGAAAAUAAAACAAAAAUUAGACGAAGCAGCGGACCUUCUGACGAUAGUCAGCCAAUUUAUUUCCGAAGUGUGAUAUUUGCGCCAGAGGUACUUGUGAGACUAGACUACCAUGGAAAAAGAGUAGAUCUCACACACGGUCCAAUGGCAGGUUUACUCAUGGGCCUGGCACAACUUAACUGUUCUGAAUUAAGACUGAAACGGCUGACACAUCGUCAUGGACUUCUCGGCUUCGAUAAACUUAUGGCUUACAUGUUGGCAGAAUGGAUACAAGAUAUUAAAAAGAAUCAACUUCCUAGUCUUUUAGGUGGUGUUGGGCCUAUGCAUUCGUUAGUUCAACUUUUCCAAGGCUUUCGCGACCUAUUCUGGCUGCCAAUUGAGCAGUAUCAAAAAGACGGACGAAUUGUACGAGGUCUCCAGCGUGGAGCGAAUAGUUUUACGACUUCAACAGCAAUGGCAGCUCUUGAAUUAACGUCUAGAUUGGUCCAUGUGAUUCAAAGUACUGCCGAAACGGCCUAUGACAUGGUUAGCCCGGGUCCUAGUGUACGACGAAAAUCGAAAGGUCAAAAAGGACGUCGUAAACGAUAUAGUCAGCCACUAGACAUUCGCGAAGGAAUGGCCAAUGCUUAUAUGCUAGUCAAAGAGGGUUUAGGAGAAACAGCGAAUCAGCUGGUGCGUGUGGCAAGUGAAGAACAUGAACAGAAAGGUGUAAGUGGAGCAGUUGGUGGUGUCUUGAGACAAAUACCACCAACAGUAGUAAAACCGAUUAUACUUGCUACUGAAGCAACGAAUAAUGUACUUGGUGGAAUGAGAUCUCAGUUGGUGCCAGAUGCAAGACGUGAAGCCGCUCAAAAGUGGAGGCAGGAUCCUCGUGAUGUUAAUUAAUAGACUCACGUAAUGACAAAUGGUAUAUAAUGAUAAUGAUGAUAUAAAAAUAAUUAAAAUACUUUGAAUACUGAUAUUUUCGGUAAUAAGUCAGUAUGAAUAUAAUUUCUAUAUUUUUAUCAAUCGCGCAAACCUAUGAUAACUCUUCAACAAUUUUUUAUUUUAACUUUAAUCAUUGGAAUUAAAUUUUCAUUACAUUUUUGCAUGCUCAAUGAUAAUGCAAUUUAAUUCCUACAAUAAAAUUAUCAUGUUCGAUUGUAUGAAUCUACAAAAAUUUAUGUGUAGAUAAAUUAAAAAGGUAAUUAAAACUAUGAUAUAGACACAUGAGAAAAAUUUUAAUGAAAGUAAAUAAUGUGUCAAAACAAGAUGUUUUUAAUGGUGCAGAUAAUGAGAGAUGUUGAAUGUCUUAUAGAGCCACAAUUACUGAUUCAGUAAUGAUUUAUGCAAUAUAAUUAAUAAAAUUAGAUUUAAUAUAUUUAUAUAGUUUAAAGAGACAAUGACGAUAUGUAUGUGUAUACUAUAUACAAGGUAAGACUCAUCGCUCGUAUGUAAUUUUAAUCUAACGAUGUUUUUUACCAAUUAUAUAUAAAUAUAACUAAGAUUUUUUAUUAAUAAAAUAUGAAACGUUAUCACAAAAA